AUGUCAUCCGGAAUACCAGUUGACCCAGUGAGGGAGAAGAUUUUACAAGAAAAUCGGAAGAAACUUAUGGAACAUAAAGAAAUUUCUAGUCGAUUGAAAGGAAGUAAGUAUUAUAAUAUUAUUGAUUUAUUGUAAUGUUUUAUUUAUUUAAAUUAUGUUUAAACAACUUUAUUUAAGUAUCCAUGGAUCAUAUUUAUCUCUAGUAAUAUCUCUAUUUUCAUAUUGAUAUUAUUUAUUCGUUAUUACCCAUAAAAAAUAUGUGUUAUGCUUAUGAAUAUUAAAAAGGGAUUCAUAUUUUAAAUUCAAAAUUGUUUACUUUACAAAAGAAGAUGUGAAUUGACUUUUUAUAUUUAUAUAUUUGUUCAUAUAAUCUACUAUCAAUAUUUAUCAUUUUUCAUUAUUUAUAAUCAAUAAAUGACAUUUAAAAUUUGUAUAUUUUUUUUUUUUACGUUUAGAAUAAAUAUGAUAACUAUUGUUUAGUUUUAUUUCUUAAUUGUAAACAUCAUUGAUACGAAAACUACCCAAAUAAAUUGCAAAAAAAAAAAGAAUCUAUAAUUGUUUAUUUUUAAUGUUUAUACUAAUUUAAAGUAGGUAUACUUUGUAAAACUGAACCAUAAUAUUUUAACUGGUUAGUUAUGUUGUUUUGUGUAUAAAAGUAUACAAAAUAAAUAUCUUGAAUAUUAAUUUGUUAUUAUGUGGUAAUGAAUUGAUUUUUUAUAUACUUACCUAAUAGUAUUCAAUAUGUAAUUACUACUUACUAGGUAAAAUAAAAAAAUAUUAAAUAUAUAAUGAACAUAAAUAUAACAUCUUAAAAAGUAGUUUAUAAUAAAUAAGAUAUUUAUUGUUUUCAUUUUGUCAUCUAUGUUAUUUACUUAUUAACUUUACAGUGCGAGAACAAGCCAAAGACCUUACCAAACAAUAUGAUAAGUCUGAAAAUGACUUAAAAGCUCUCCAAAGUGUUGGUCAAGUAAGUUGAAUAUACUGAUUACAUAUAUACAAACUUUUAACAUCCUUAAUUAUUAUUUUUAGAUUGUUGGUGAAGUAUUGAAACAAUUAACUGAAGAUAAAUGUAAGUAUUAUUAACCUCUCAGAGAUUAAAUUUCAAUUAGUAGUAAUAAUAUUUCUUGAUUAGUUAUUGUGAAAGCAACAAAUGGUCCACGUUAUGUAGUCGGGUGUAGGCGUCAGCUUGAUAAAGCAAAAUUGAAAGCUGGUACAAGAGUAGCUCUGGAUAUGACUACUUUAACUGUUAUGCGUUAUUUGCCUCGUGAAGUAGAUCCUUUGGUUUAUAAAAUGUCACACGAAGAUCCUGGUGAAGUUACAUAUUCAGCUAUUGGUGGAUUGUCCGAACAAAUUCGUGAACUUAGAGAAGUAUGUAUUUUUUAAUUUUCAUAUUAGAUAUAUUACUAAAUUGUCAACAUCACCAUUUUCAGGUUAUUGAAUUACCAUUGUUAAAUCCAGAAUUGUUUCAACGUGUUGGUAUAACUCCUCCUAAAGGAUGCUUGCUUUAUGGUCCUCCGGGUACUGGAAAAACUUUAUUGGCUAGAGCUGUGGCUAGUCAACUUGAUGCCAAUUUCUUAAAAGUUAGGCCAUCAAUAUUAUUUUAGUUAUUUUUUAUAAUAUACAAAUCAUUUUUUAUUCAGGUCGUGUCAAGUGCUAUUGUCGACAAAUACAUUGGUGAAAGUGCUCGUCUUAUUCGAGAGAUGUUCAAUUAUGCAAGAGAUCAUCAACCAUGUAUUAUAUUUAUGGAUGAAAUAGAUGCAAUUGGUGGUCGUCGUUUUUCUGAAGGAACAUCUGCUGAUCGUGAAAUUCAAAGAACUCUUAUGGAACUUUUGAACCAAAUGGAUGGUUUUGAUUCAUUAGGACAAGUGUGUAAUUUUAUAUUCUAUUUUAGUAAUUAUAAUAUAUAUAACAUAUAUGUAUAUAUAACAUAUUUUUUUAUUGAAAAAUGAAUAUUAGGUUAAAAUGAUUAUGGCUACCAAUCGACCAGAUACAUUAGACCCAGCUUUAUUAAGACCAGGGCGUUUGGAUCGUAAAAUUGAAAUUCCAUUACCCAAUGAACAAGCUCGUUUGGAUAUUUUGAAAAUACAUGCUGCACCUAUUACUAAACAAGGCGAUAUUGGUAUGAAUUAGUUACAUUUAUUUCUAUUUAAGUACUAAAAUAUUUGAAAAUAACAGUAAUAUAGUUAUUAGCUUGAUUCAAUCACUUAGUCUUUUAUUAAAAUAUAUAUUACAUCACUUUGAUCGUAAUCUUCAACUAAAAAUGUAUUGAUUACUCAUCAUUUUUCAAUCUCUUGUACAAACCUGUUGUGUUAAAUCAAUUUUUUAUCAUAUUUCAGUAGGAUUUGAUUUAUAUUUCUAUGUAUGGAUUUAUUUUACUUCUUUAAAUUACAUAUUACAUAAUUAAUACAUAUGCAUAAUAGUUACAAUCAAAAGUUAAGUAAAUAAAUUUUUUUUUUAAUAUACUGAUGUGAAAGUAUUUACUUUUGCAGAGCACAUCAACCAAAAAUAGUAUCUUAGAUAACAUCAAAUGAGUACAAGUUUUUUAUAAGUACUUUUUUUAUUUUUGAUUAGUUAGGCCAUAUAAAAUGCAAUUUGUAUUCAACAUUUUGUUUGUUCAGAGUAAUUUAAUUAAAGAUUUUUAAAUUGCAUCUUACUUUAUGUAAAAAUGUUUUUGAAUAAAUUUAAUUUAUCAGCAUCUAAUUUUUUUAAUUUCCUCCAAAACUAUUGAGAAUUUAUAUUUAUUAUAUAUUAUAUAUUUAUUUAUAUAUGUAUAGUUUUUAUUCGCUUUAUAUUUAUGGAACCAAUGUAUGGUAAAUUCCCAUUUGACAAAAUAUUUUUAAAAAGAACAAAAAUUGCUUAACUACUCAAAAUUUGUAUGUCUAUGACUUCGAAUAGUAUAAAAUUGUAUUUUCCUUUUUGGUUUUAGAUUAUGAAGCAAUUGUAAAAUUAUCUGACAACUUUAAUGGUGCUGAUUUGCGUAAUGUGUGCACUGAGGCUGGUCUUUUUGCUAUACGUGCUGAAAAGGAUUACGUGACACAUGAAGAUUUUAUGAAAGCUGUGAGAAAAGUAUCAGAUAAUAAAAAUUUGGAGUCCAAGUUGGAUUAUAAACCAAUAUAA